GGGCCGUAGAUACGGGAGCGAAUGUACGGGAACAGAUCACUCAUUGUAUCCUCAAGUUUUUGACCUUAGUCCAAAGAUGGCUCACAUUCAGUUUACAGAUAACCUGGUCCGUGAAUAUCUCAUUUCCAGAGGAUUCAUAACAGCACUGAAAAGCUUUGAUAGUGAUGUGAAGGCCAGCAAGGACAACAGCUUCCGGGUGGACAAGAUAAUGGACAUUCUUAUGUCCAGCAUACAUAACUUGGAUUUGGAGAACUUGAGGACAAUGUGGAGUCAUCUUGACCAACACAUUUUCAUCCACUUGGAGUCCCAUCAGAUGAUUGCCUCCCGCGAGCUCGGUAUUGACCUGCUGAGAAGAUACGUGGUGCAGGCAGCAUCCACCCCUGACCAGCAGUCGGCAGCCGGCCGCCGAAACAGGGACAAGGUCACAGAGUUCUUCGACAAGAUGGCGCCGGAGAUACACAGCCGCCAUGAAUGGCGUGAUUGGUUCGCGCUGCCUUUCCUCAAGACGCCCGAGGACCACCCAACGUUCGCCGUCUUUUUUAGUCGACAAUGGCAAGACACGCUCACCGUUUCACUUCACAACUUCCUCUCCAUCGUCUUCCAGUGUAUGAGCCCGCCGACGCUGGCCAAGUACCAGGAGGACUCGGCGCUGCUGCUGCAGCUGCAGCGGGAAAACAUGGACCUGCGCUCGCGGCUGGAGGCGCUGACGGGCGCCGCCGAGCCGCCGCCACCCGAACCGCCCGCCGUCCAGCCGCUCAUGGACGACUUCAGCGUGGUGGCGCACGAGACUCCGGCCGCCGACAAUUCGUCGUCGUCCAAGUUCCGCUCUCUGAUGCGCUCCAUCGGCUCGACCUCGCCGGGCUCGCGCCGCCGCUCCCCCGGUAACCGUCCCGCCGCCGGUCCGUCCGGUCUGCUGCUGGCCACGUGCGACAUGGACGGCGCCGUGCGCGUGUGGGCGCCCGCCCCGCCGCCCAAGCAGGUGUGCACGAUGAAGGCGCGCUCUCCCGUCCUCUCGUGCUGCUGGCUCAGCGCCCAUCUACUGGCCUACGGCACCGCCACCGGCGACGUCAAGAUCUACGACGUGGUGAAGCGGCGCCAGCUAAUGGAGCUGGGCGGCGACGCGCUUGCCGGCGCUCAGGACAAACGGGUGCUGUACUCCCUGACCGGGGCCCAGCCCGUCCACUUCCCGUGCUGUGCUCGCUGGCCGUCGCGCGCCGGCAGCGGGUCACCGCGCUCCGACCUGCUCAUCUACGACCUCAAGGCGUCCAAGGAGGAGAGGCACAUCUACACACUGGGCGCCGACAACAAGUUUGUCACGUGGAGCCUGGCCCAGACGGGCAGUCAGCUGGCCGAGUGGCCGCUGCACGAGCGGGCGAGCGGGCCGUUCGUGCUGAGUCGGCCGGCGGCCGGCGGCGAGCCGGUCCAGCAGCGGCCCUACGGACAGCUGUUCGCGCUGGACCACCGGCAGCACCUGCUGACCUGCGGCAGCACCGGCGGGCGCCUCUACAAGCUGAGCGGCGCCGCCCUGGAGCCGGCAGCCAGCCCGGGCGCCGCCGCUCUGGAGCCGGUGCUCAGUCUGGGCGGUCAUGUGACCUCGGUGCUGACCUGCGACAUGGCUGACAACAUGUGCGUCACGGCCUCGUUGGACGGUGUGGUGAAGACGUCCAGUCUGCUGCUGCACGGCUGAUCGGCCACUGCAGCCUGUCAGACUGUCAGUUCCAGUCUGC